AUGCAAUUCACCAUCACUUCCGCUGUCACUCUCCUCGCAUUUGCAUCUUCUGCAGCUGCGUCUCCUCUUGCGGCCCGUCAGGACGCGCUGCAAGAUUGGCAGGUAACAGACCUCGCAGUUUCUGUGCCAAUGGGACGCCCCGGAAGUUAUCCUUGGGGUACCCUUAAGGCGAACAUAACCGACCCGAAUGCGAUCAACCUUGGUACUUCGAGCGAUGGCAGCCAGAUGAUAGUGCCCGCCGGAAGCAAGAGGGUGGUAAGUUUCGCAUGCUGA